GUGGCUUACAAGUGAGCAUAGUUAAGGAAAACCUGUCCCGGGUUUGGAGGUGUGCACUAUGGAGGCUGGGGCAGAAGGAUCCCCUGAAUACAGAAGUUCAAAAUGAGUCUGGGCAGUGUAGUGAGACUCCAACUCAAAAGGAAAAGAAAAACCCACAAGGCGGCUGUGUCUGUGUCUUGAAGCAGGGCCCGCUGAGAACAAUGCCUCCACCGUCGGACAUUGUUAAGGUGGCCAUUGAAUGGCCAGGUGCUAAUGCCCAGCUCCUUGAAAUCGACCAGAAACGGCCCCUGGCAUCCAUCAUCAAGGAAGUGUGUGAUGGGUGGUCGCUGCCAAACCCGGAGUACUACACACUCCGCUAUGCAGAUGGGCCCCAGCUCUAUGUCACCGAGCAGACUCGAAGUGACAUUAAGAAUGGGACAAUCUUACAGCUGGCUGUCUCUCCGUCCCGGGCUGCACGCCAGCUGAUGGAAAGGACCCAGUCAUCCAGUAUGGAGACCCGGCUGGAUGCCAUGAAGGAGCUGGCAAAGCUCUCAGCCGACGUGACUUUUGCCACUGAGUUCAUCAACAUGGAUGGCAUCGUCAUGCUGACGAGACUUGUGGAGAGCGGAACCAAGCUCCUGUCCCACUACAGUGAGAUGCUGGCAUUCACCCUGACUGCCUUCUUAGAGCUCAUGGACCAUGGCAUUGUCUCCUGGGACAUGGUUUCAAUCACCUUUAUUAAGCAGAUUGCAGGGUAUGUGAGCCAGCCGAUGGUCGAUGUGUCUAUCCUUCAGCGGUCCCUGGCCAUCCUAGAGAGCAUGGUAUUAAACAGCCAGAGCCUGUACCAGAAGAUAGCAGAGGAAAUCACCGUGGGACAGCUCAUCUCUCACCUGCAAGUUUCUAACCAGGAGAUCCAGACCUACGCCAUCGCUCUGAUUAACGCACUGUUCCUGAAGGCCCCGGAAGACAAGCGACAGGACAUGGCCAACGCCUUUGCACAGAAGCACCUUCGCUCCAUAAUCCUGAACCAUGUGAUCCGGGGGAAUCGUCCAAUCAAAACAGAGAUGGCCCAUCAGCUCUAUGUCCUUCAGGUCCUGACCUUUAACCUUCUGGAAGAAAGAAUGAUGACUAAGAUGGAUCCCAAUGACCAGGCUCAAAGAGACAUUAUAUUUGAACUGCGGAGGAUUGCCUUCGACGCAGAGUCCGACCCUAGCAGUGUUCCUGGGAGUGGGACUGAAAAGCGCAAGGCCAUGUAUACCAAGGACUAUAAAAUGCUGGGGUUUACUAACCAUAUCAACCCAGCCUUGGACUUCACCCAGACUCCUCCUGGAAUGUUGGCUUUGGACAACAUGUUGUACCUGGCUAAAGUUCACCAGGACACCUACAUUCGGAUUGUGUUGGAGAACAGUAGCCGGGAGGAUAAACACGAGUGUCCAUUCGGCCGCAGUGCCAUUGAGCUCACCAAGAUGCUCUGUGAGAUCCUGCAGGUUGGAGAGCUCCCAAAUGAAGGGCGCAAUGACUACCAUCCUAUGUUCUUCACCCAUGACCGCGCCUUUGAAGAGCUCUUUGGAAUCUGCAUCCAGUUGCUGAACAAGACCUGGAAGGAGAUGAGGGCGACAGCCGAGGAUUUCAACAAGGUUAUGCAAGUCGUCCGAGAACAGAUCACCCGGGCUCUGCCUUCUAAACCCAACUCUUUGGAUCAGUUCAAAAGUAAACUUCGCAGCCUGAGCUACUCAGAGAUUCUGCGGUUGCGCCAGUCCGAGAGGAUGAGCCAGGAUGACUUUCAGUCCCCACCAAUUGUGGAGCUCCGGGAGAAAAUCCAGCCCGAGAUCCUGGAACUAAUCAAGCAACAGCGCCUGAACCGACUGUGUGAGGGCAGCAGCUUCCGAAAGAUCGGGAACCGUCGGCGGCAAGAGCGGUUCUGGCACUGCCGCUUGGCACUGAACCACAAGGUCCUGCAUUAUGGUGACUUGGAUGACAACCCUCAAGGGGAGGUGACGUUUGAAUCCCUGCAGGAGAAAAUUCCUGUUGCAGAUAUUAAGGCCAUUGUCACUGGGAAAGAUUGUCCCCACAUGAAAGAGAAGAGUGCCCUGAAACAGAACAAGGAAGUGUUGGAAUUGGCCUUCUCCAUCCUGUAUGAUCCUGACGAGACACUGAAUUUCAUCGCUCCUAAUAAGUAUGAGUACUGCAUCUGGAUUGAUGGACUCAGCGCCCUCCUGGGGAAGGACAUGUCCAGUGAGCUAACCAAGAGCGACCUGGACACACUGCUGAGCAUGGAGAUGAAGCUGCGUCUUCUGGACCUGGAGAACAUCCAGAUCCCAGAGGCACCACCACCGGUCCCCAAGGAGCCCAGCAGUUAUGACUUCGUCUAUCACUACGGAUGAGCAGGAAGGGACUGGGGCCCAGGAGAGACACUGGCAGCCUGUGCCUUGCCUCUACUUGUACAGACUCUGGAGUGGUCAUAGUGACUACCCCUCAAACCCAGUGGGACCCAGGACUUCUCUUGGACCCCAUUCUCUAGGAGUCAUGAAGUCAGGGCCUGCCGCCCUCCUUAGCACCACAGAGCCUGGGGUUGGGCCUAGAGGUGUGAACUCAAGAUGCUCUUGCCUCCUACCCUGAGUCUGGAAUUGGACUUACCAACAGCCAUCCCAUCCCUACUCUCUGAUUUUCUGGAGAACUCAUGCGGGCUGGAGGACUGGGAUGGUGUGAGCCUUGGACUGACUGUCUUCAGAUGGCUCAGGCAAAGACAGGCCUAGAGCUUUUGCUUAGUAGGUCUCUGCAGGCUCAUUCCAGCCUCAUCCUGUGCCAAGAUGCUGCUGCCUCAAGGUUGGCCUUUAGAUCUCUGUCUCUAGGGGUAUCCAUCUCUCUUGCCCACACAGGUAGCAAUCUCUUCCCCCAAGCACUCAGUCUCGUGCUGGCCAGGCAGAGGCCUCCAGCCUGAGUCCUGCUCUCUUAGGCUCCAGGAACACUCCAGGGAAAGUCGGGUUGAGGCGUCCUAGCUCUCCCCCUCCAUUUCUAUCUUUUCCUUCCUGAGGAAGAAUGUUCCCAUGCUCCCUAGUUGCAGGCCCUUCUGGCUUGCUUCCCUCUUGCUCCCAGACUUGGGGCAGUUUGCCUUCCCUUUCUUUCCUUUCUGGCACUGUGGUUUAGCCAUUAGCCGUGAUUUCAAGAAGCAGCUAGGGCCACAGCUGUGCCAUGGGCCUUCUCUGGUACUGCAGCACUUGAAGCACACACACAGCCUCUCCUUGGACGCAUGUUAACAUGAUGGUAUUCAGUACUGGUAGCCUGGCAUGGUGGUACUGCCCAACCAAGAGUGUACUAUAUAUUUUCUUUACUAUAGGCCAUACUUAUACAGACGUGUAUAUAUAUUUAUAUAAGACCAUCCUAUCCUAGGAUAGAAUGUUGAAGGGAAGAUGAAACUGAGCAUAAAAAGGGAUGCUUUGGGUCAUGAGCUAAGCGUGUAACCAGAGAGCAGCCAGCUUCCUGUCAGUGACCGUGUUUUCAAUAAAUACUCUUUCAUGGA